AUGCCAUUUACACUUUCUUCAUAUUUAAGGCGCACAAUGUCCGACCAUGAGGAUCUGAGCAAAGCCAUGGGCCACUGGAAUGCCUCGGACAGCUACCAGCUGAACGCAGCUAGCGUGAUUGUGUCUGUAGUAUUCUCACUCAUCUUCCUCCUGGGAACAGUGGGCAACAGUUUGGUGCUCGCUGUGCUCCUGCGCAGUGGCCAGCUCAGCUACAACACCACCAAUUUAUUCAUCCUCAACCUCAGUGUAGCUGACUUCUUCUUCAUCAUAUUCUGCGUGCCUUUCCAGGCCACCAUCUACUCACUAGAGGGCUGGGUAUUUGGGUCCUUCAUGUGCAAAGUGGUGCACUUCUUCAUCAACCUCACCAUGUAUGCUAGCAGCUUUACCCUUGCUGCUGUCUCUGUUGAUAGAUAUUUGGCCAUUCGUUACCCAUUGCGCUCCAGAGAAUUACGAACGCCCUGUAAUGCAGUUGUUGCCAUGGUGAUCAUUUGGGGUCUGUCUCUUGUCUUUGCCGGCCCUUACUUAAGCUAUUAUGACCUGAUUGAUUUUGAAAACAGCAACGUGUGUGUUCCUGGUUGGGAGGAACACAACCGCAAAGUGCUGGACACCUGCACCUUUGUGUUUGGCUAUGUCAUCCCCGUACUCAUUGUCAGCCUGUCUUAUACACGCACCAUCAAGUAUCUCUGGACAGCCGUUGACCCACUGGAUGGCAUGUCUGAGUCUAAGCGAGCCAAGCGCAAAGUCACUAAGAUGAUCAUAAUCGUCACAGUGCUGUUUUGCAUCUGCUGGCUGCCCUACCACGUUGUCAUUCUGUGCUAUUUAUAUGGAGAUUUCCCCUUCAACCAAACCACUUACGCAUUCAGGUUGCUCUCACACUGCAUGGCCUAUGCCAAUUCUUGCCUUAAUCCCAUUGUCUAUGCGCUGGUGUCCAAGCAUUUCCGCAAGGGCUUUAAGAAGGUGUUCAGCUGCAUUCUCAGCAAAAAGGGUCGUAAUAAGGUGCAUGUGGUGCAACUGGCUAACACUGUGCCUGGCUUUGAAGCUGCCUCCACCGAGGUAUCACACAUGAAUGAAGAGAACGGCAGACAGAAUGAGCAUGAGACAGCUGAUCCUGACCAUCCCCUUACGGAGUCACAAGAUGCCGCUAUGAACAUAACAAUACCUUGCCAGAAACAGCCAUGA